AUGGCUCCCGGUUUGAGGAGUGGGCGGACAGGUCACCCCGGAGCGGACCCCGGUGGGUGCUCGCCGCGGAGGACGGAUGCCGGAGGAGAGGGGAGGUGUUUGAGGACCGGGUUGCGAGUCGGAGCAGCGGGGAUGCUCGCAAACUGUCUGCUGUCUGUGGCUGUGCUUUUACUUCUUGUCCGGUGCGCUUUGGCCGCAGAGGAAAGACCCACCUACGAUGCCUCUGGCUCCUCACCUUCACCGAGCGACCCUGCAGUCACAGGUGCUCCUGCUCACCCGAUGGCUGACCCGUCGGUGGCAGAGGAGGUGCCUUUCAAAGUCGUCCAUUCAGAUGGUGACUCAGACUCUGAGGGUGAAGGUUUAUCGGGGCAGCCAGCUUUUUCUUCUGUCUUAACCGUGAUGGCGGGAACUGUCAAACAUCCAGUGAGCCUUGAUCAAAGCAGAACCUUGCCGACUUUCACCAGGGACGAGACCCAAACCACCCAAUGGCCUUUACGUAGUUCCAGCCAGGGCUCGGACACGUCCUCCUCACCGUCACAUGCGGGAGACAAGAUCCUUCCAGCCAGCUCAGAGGCAGAGAUGGAUGAGUUAACAGCUGGAACAUCCAGAGAGCUCAGUUUCCCCAAAGAAAAAGAGGCCAGUCUAGCCCCCUCUCAAUCCGUCAGAAUUACGCUUUCUGCUGGGCCCACCGAGAGGACAUCUCAGGUAUCGCCUCUGACCCCUCGACAGGACACCACAACAGCCUCUGUGAAGCUAACCACCACCACUGUAGCUUCGACCACGAAAAACCCCACCACGACCACGCCUUCCCCGAGAGUCACCACGUCGUCAGCCGCCGCUACCACGCCGCAGCCCACGCUUGUGACCAGGAGAACCACGACCACGACCGCCAGGACCCAGACCAGCAGGAGAGUGUUCACGCCACCUGCCCCGAGGACAAGCCCUUCCAGGGGCAUCACCACCGUCUUCAUCUCCCCGUUCACCACGACCACAGAGGCUCCACCACAGCAGUGCAACAUCACAGAAAGAUUGUGGGUAAAAACAGUUGUUUCCAUCUAUGUGAGGCGGAACAGGCUGGAUAGCAUCCAGAGGCAGAACCUGCGAAGAGGAUUAAGUCAAGGCCUCAGGAAAGCUCUGAAUGACACCUCUGCCCAGGCACAGGUGGAGACUGUAUUUGGUUCUCCCAACAUGACGGUGGCUUAUCACGUGACCGGAGGGGACUUAGUUUACCCUCCGUCUGUAGUGCUGGAAGGCUUGGCGUCCUAUGGCCGCGAUAAGCUGAUUGCAGACCUGCGACAGUACCUCCCCAUGGUAACGGCCCUGCCCCUCCCGGUCGCAUCGUGGAGAAUCAUCCCAGCCGCCGGCUUCCAGCUGAAAACAGUGCUGCAGUUUGUGGGAGCGGAUGAUGAUCCUCGAUCCUGUCGCUUCUCUCAAAUGAUGGAACAACGGCUUGAGAAGGUGUUUUCUGAAGCACAGGCCAAAGUGCUCAACACCAACAGCAGACUCUCUGUUCAGAUGCUGAGUGUCUCUCAGGCAGCGGGCUCUCCUGCUGUGUCAUUGGUCUACACUGUGAAGAAUGGGACCGUCUUCCUUAAUGGCACCGCUGCUUCAAACCUCCUUGGUCAGCUGUCAGCUGAGCUGGUGGGCUACUUCCUCUUCUAUCCGCCACUUAUCAUUGCUGAGCCACUGGAAUAUCACAAUCUGAACACCUCCAUUGCAACCAGAGACUUCUGGGUUGUCACAGUGAUCCAGGAUGUGGAUAACGCCAGCCUGGAGGGACAGUACCAAAGCUUUGCCAGUCUAAUGGAGCAGCGGCUGGCAGAGUUGUUCGUGUUGGCAGGCCAGCAGGGCACUCGUUUUAGACGAGCCACUACUGUAGGCAGCUACACCGUCCAGAUGGUGAGCAUCCGCAGGGUCUCGGGGCUGAAGAAUCCAGCAGAGAUGACCUACUACGUCCAACACAAUGGCAUCCCUUUAUCGGGCACGUCAGCCGCCAAGGUGCUGAACACGGUCGAUUCCCAAACCAUGGCGCUCACCCUGGGCUACUUUGUCCAGCUGCAGGCGGAACCUGUGGUCAAAAACCCUCCUAACAACCUUUGGAUAAUCGCUGCAGUGUUGGCCCCGAUCUCCGUAGUAACGCUCAUUAUUAUCAUCAUCACUGCUGUGCUGUGCAGGAAGAAUAAGAAUGACUUUAAAGCCGACGCCAUCGGUAACCUCAAUCCCAGAGCCAAGAUGGCGUAUCGGAGAGACGUGGGCUAUUAUCACCAGCCAGUCCAGGGUUUCGACUACGCCAAGCAGCACCUGGGCCAACAGGGAGGCGAUGAGGAGACGCUGCCUGUCAGUCAGGAUACUCUGGUGAUGUCCCUACAAAUUCGGGACACGCCGCUUUCGCUGGAAAAGGCUCUGCAACAAGACGGAACUGCCAACAAGAAAAGCCUCACCGCCGACAAACACAAAAGCAAGUUGCCAAGUGAGGAUGGUUCCGUCAUCAGCAACGAAUCAGAGAAGCUGAAUUCCGGCAGGGGCCUGACAGUGCCGAAAGUCACAGCACAGCAGAAACUGACAAAGGAGGAGACGCGCAAGAGGGAUGAUCCAUAUGACACCUCCUCUGGCUCCCUGCAGCUCAUUUCCAUAAAGCCCAUGGCGGCUCAGACCAACUACUCACACCCUGCAUCCUCCGACCGAAGCCAGGACUCAGCCAUUGUCAACGGAGAGGUGAACUUGGCGCUGAAGCAGAAGUCAGACAUCGAGCACUACAGGAACAAGCUGCGGCUGAAAGCUAAGAGGAAGGGCUAUUAUGACUUCCCGUCCACCAACGGCAGCAGCAGCGGUCGAGCCCUGACACAGAAGCAGCGGCACGACCAUGAGAGGGCAGCCGGUGAGCAUGGCAGACCACUGGAGCCUGAUGAUGAGCGAGGUUCCACUUAUGUCAAGUCUCACAGGAGGCACUCCCAGGUAGGGCAGACGGCCUAUCGCAGCAGACAAAGCCUAAGCAGUCCGAGCCCCGGAGGAACAGAGAUGGACCUGCUUGUAAUGAGAGAGAGACCCAGGAGAGGCAUCCGAAACAGCGGCUACGAUACUGAGCCGGAGUUGAUUGAAGAGACGAACGUUGAUCGUCUAAUGGGGCCGCGGGGAUACAUGUACGGCCGGGGCUUGAAAGGCCACUCAGAGACAUCCACUCUGAGCUCACAGCCGUCCAUUGAUGAAGUGCGGCAGCAGAUGCACCUGCUGCUGGAGGAGGCAUUCAGCCUGGCUUCAGGGGGCCAGUCCACAUCCGGAAGGCACUCCCACCACCACCACCAACCCCCUCCGGACCACUACAGCCCCGCGCCGCCUCCCCUCCCCUACGCAGACGUAGUGACCAGUGCUCCGGGCACGAUGAGCUGUGGACGGGGAGGUCUGCAGUGGGUGCCAUCUUAUGGUGCGGACGUGUAUCAGUGCAGCCUGCCGAAACCAGCCUUUCGCUUCACCCAGCUUCCUGAGAUGGCCAUGGGCUCCCCUCCCCCUUUACCACCUCGCACUGGGCCUCCUCCUGGGACCUCCUUACGACGUUCCACUUCUGACUUGGGGCCUAAGGGAAGGAGCUCAGAGACAUCUGUCACUGAAAUGCGAAGUCAACAUGACAACAACCCAUAUGGGCCAACCACAAGAGCAGCACUUCCAUCUAUCACUGCAGAGCAGCCUGUGUCCAACUACUCAGGAAACCCAAUAACAGCCGUCUAUGCCAUCCCAGCCACCAGGUCCGGCUACUCAGAGUACUUUGUCUCCACGCCACCCACCUCCUACCACAGUCCUUCUUGGAUGUCCUAUCCACCUGAACCUGAGGAUGUACCGCCACAGUGGGCAGACUCUGUGCCCCUGCCUGGGUAUGUAGAGGCUUUUCCUCAUCCUCGCUACCCACAGGGGAGCCCCACCAGGCUGCCCCUGCAGUAUAACCAGACACUGGAGCAGCCAUCUACUGCCCCUAGCACAGCAUCCCAGCAAAGUCUGCCCCAGGUGCUGAAGGACAUGGACAGCAUGCCCCUGAGCAGUCUCUCCACCUCUGCGCUCGUGCAGGCUAUCCGGCAGGAGGUGGCCAAGCUGGCGAAGAAGCAGAAUGACAUGUUUGAGUUUUGA